GCCAUCCUUGUUUAGUGAGUAUAAUGACUAGACACGCUAAAAACUGCACGGCAGGAACGGUUUACACUUAUCACGAGCGAAAGAAGGACACCAAAAAGUCUGGAUAUGGCAGUAAAUCUGUGCGCCUUGGCAGAGAUUCUGUAAAGAACUUCGAUUGCUGCUGUUUAACACUACAACCUUGUCGUGAACCAGUUGUGACACCAGACGGGUUCCUGUACGACAGAGAGGCAAUUUUAGAGUGUUUGUUACAUCAGAAAACCGAAGCUGCCAGGAAAAUGAAAGCUUUUGAAAAGCAGAAGAAGAAGCAAGACGCUGAAGAAGCUGGAAAGGUAGAGGAAAAAGAGAAAUCCAAAGUUGAAUCGUUUGUCAAUAUGGAGAAGCGACUUACCACAAAACCAACGAGUGCAUUCACUGCAUCAAAAGAUAGAAGUGUCAAUGGAUCGUCUGCUGUCGCUGAUGAACAGCAACCAUCUACCUCUAGUGGUGGCUCAGGUGGCAAUGAUAAAAGUCUUCAAAGUUUUUGGGUCCCAUCCUUGACACCUGAAGCAAAACCCACUCUUUUGAAGAAACCAGAUACAAAAACCUACUGUCCCAUGAGUAGUAAACCUCUGAGAAUCAAGGAUCUGAUUGCAGUCAAACUAACACCGAUAGAUGAUGGUGAUGACCGACCAAUGGUGGCAAAGUCUGAAAGGUACAAGUGUGCUGUUACUCACGAUGCACUUGGUAAUUCUGUUCCCUGUGCAGUUUUAAAGAACACAGGAAAUGUGGUGACUAUGGACUGCAUUGAGAAGCUAAUUAAGAAAGACAUGCUGUGCCCAUUCACUGGCUCGAAAUUGAAAGAAAGUGACAUCAUUCCACUGCAGCGUGGAGGAACAGGGUUUGCUGGUGCAGGCACACAAUUGGAGGCAAAAAGAGCAGGGCCAGUUUUACAAGCCUGAAACAAUAUCAAGUAGUGACUCUCUGUGGUUCUCCGAAGAAGAAGAACUCUACAUAUAUAUGUUGAAUUUGUUGUGCCAGACACUCUGCAGAGACAAAGAAAGUAGGGCCAGUCUACAAGACAUGCUGGGUCAUCCAAUAGACCUAAAUAAAACCAAGUCUCUGAAAGGGACUCGCUGUACAUGUUGUUUAUAAAUUCUUCCCGUUUUGCAAUUUUUUCAAACCAAUUUUUUCUUAGUUUGUUUUCCUUUGUUGGAUAAGACACAAAUAAAAUCAAACUUACACUGACUUUAAAACUUUGGACCGCAUAUAUGUAUGUACUUACAUGUAGGUUCUCUACUGUAGAUGCACGUGAUACACCUGUGUACGUUAUCACUUGAAACCUGUUUUUUUUGUUUUGUUUUGUUCGUUUUUUUUUUUUUUUCACUUAUUGAAGUUGUGUGCAUUUAAACGGAUUGAAGGAGAAAGUUUACUGAAAGUAGUUUUAGAGUGUCUUUGAGCAAGAAACGUUGGACUUGAGUAAACGGUUAAGCGACUUCCUCUGUUACAAGAAAAGUUUUUUUUUUCCUGUAGUGUAACAGAAAUGGAAUCGUACAUAGAGAACACACAUAACCAACUGAACAAACAGAGUUAAGAACAAAACAGAAGAAAGACACUAUUAUUCUCGCGAAAGUACAUGGACUAUUCAAUAUGUGGAAUUAUGUUUUGCCAAGCAAUGAAUUAAUCCUUGACAGUGAUAAAGUUUUUUUUUUUCGAUGAGGAUGAUUGGA